AAAGAGGGAGACAAUACAGAUACAGAGUUUUGAGAAAAGAAGAAUUUUCUUUGAGAAAAGUAAAAUAAGCAUUGAAUAAAAUGGGAGACGUAGCUUUGUUCAUAGAUGAUUUGCAAUCGAAUUGCGCAGUAUCUCACUGUAGAAUUUGUCACGAAGCAGAAUUUGAAAGCUGCAAGAGCUUAGAAGCUCCCUGCGCUUGUUCAGGAACUGUCAAGUUUGCUCACAGAGAUUGCAUACAGAGAUGGUGUAACGAGAAGGGAAACACCACUUGUGAAAUUUGUCUGCAGAAGUAUGAACCUGGAUACACGGCAGCUUCAAAAAAGUGUCAGCAAAUUGAAGAAACGACAAUUAGAGAUAGCUCGGAAAUUGCAACAGAAAAUGAGCCAGAAAGCCCAAUAGAGGAUGCGGCCUACUCUGAAUUUGAGCGCACAUCUGCUGCGGAUAGAAGCGCCUCUUACUGCCGAGUGUUGGCAUUAACAUUGACGGUAGUUUUGAUUCUAAAGCAUUUAUUCGCUACAAUAACCGGAGGAACAGAAGAUUACCCCUUUACCCUUGUCACGAUACUUGUCUUAAGGAUUUGCGGAAUUCUUCUUCCAAUGUACAUUGUGUUGCGAACAAUUGCAGCCAUCCAGAAAAGAAUUCGGAGACAAUAUCAGGAUUUGGAUGAGGCCGAGAAUGAAAUCGAGGAAGACGAGCAACAUUUAGUAUAAAUGAGAACUCCUACUCCUAAUUUGGUUUACAGAGCAUUCCAUCAAUGCUCAUCGUCCUGUCAACAUCAUUUUUUCCCUUUUGCUGGGCAAAAAUCAAAAGAAAAUGAUUUUUUAUGUAAGAAAGUUGAAUAUUAAGAAAUGUCACAUCCACCAAUAUCAGUAA